UAAUGAUGUGAUUUUGGCUGUCUAGGUGGGUCCACAUGGGGACAGCACCUCCGCUAUGGAGUCCUGCGCGCGACUUGUAGAGCGGCCCAGAACGCUAGCCUGGUCCAGACGGCCGGUGACGGCCCCCUGCGGCCUAUCCAGCGGUGGCUCCUGCUCCAGGGACAUCUGGGACAUCUUUAUCAACAAGCUCGAUGACAAAACUCCCCCCGUCAGGAGCCAGAAGACCAAGCGGCCCAGUACUGCCAAGCAGCACCUACACCAAUACUCCAGUGCCAUAGGAGCCAUGAAGAUCGUGGAGGUGGAGUCGGAGGGCCGCUUUGUGCGUCUGAGGAACGUCUCCCGGGCGGAGCAGGACGUGGGGGGUUACUACCUGCAGCAGAGCGUCAGGGGACAGCCUGUCAGCUGCUUCCUCUUCCCGCCAAGAACCUUCAUCCAACCAGGAGUCUCCAUCACUGUUUGGGCAGAGGAUUGCAGAUCCAAUGCAUACCAUCUUAGGGAUUAUGUGUGGACCGGGUUACCGAAGAUGGGAACGACCCCUGAAUACACUACUAUCCUGUGUAUGACGAAUGGCGAAGCGGUGGCGUGGUACACCCCAGCCCAGCGCUCCUUGCUGAGGGCCUGUCAGCCCCGGCAGGCCUGGGAGGAGCCCUGGAGGGAGACGCACAGUAGCAGAGCAGCAUGGAGCCUGUCCAGGGGAGACAACAAGAACGCCCUGUUAUCAGACAUCACUAAGCAGGAGCCUCAUCCCAGACACGUGGCCCCUUCACCCACUAUUCCUCUUCAGAGGAAGUCAAGGGAGGUGAGAUUGUCCCAAAGCCCUUGGACACAGAACCCCUCAACCAUCACCCACCCUGACUGCUUGCGAGACUGGCUCGGGACACACGCCACUGCAAACAGCAGGGUACCCACCAGAGCACCCAUCAGGACCCCCACAGCUAAAGGCAGCAGAAAAGCCAAGCCGCCCCCAAACCAAGCAUCUACCAAAAGACUGAGCAGAGAAGGAGUGAAGGUAAGAUAUGUAUGCAGAGAGGUAUGGUUGGACCCCCUAACAAGGCCACACAGUAUCCGAGGAGCAGCCUUACACAUUUAAGCCAUGCACAUGGCCAUUUUGUGAAAUUAUUUAGCAGCUAUUUCACAAAAAUAGCAAUGAAUAAAAAAUAUUGUAAUCAUCAGUAAAGGAUUUCACAUAUA